AUCAAGCGAGGAAGCAUGGAGCGCCACAGGACGCGUUGGAGACACUCACCAAGGAUGCUGGGAAACGCUCAGUUUGGGACGUGUGUCUAAGUUGUGUUAAGACGCUUGUGGAGAGGUUCUGUUCGGUCCAACUUGGACUUUCCAUCAAACGUGCGUAGAUUGACGGGCCGCACAACAAUUUCACAGAAGACCUGGACUGAUCAGCGCCGGGAACGCACUAAUACGGUAGACGGUAAAACGGACCGGACAUGAGUUGGGGGCUCCGUGUGAACAUUUCACUUUGUUUUGGGCGAACCAAGUGGCUGUGCUGCGCUGAGUGAAAACAUCCACUUGUUCCAUGUCACAUGCCAUUACUAGGACGAGUUUUCUUCAAGGAAACUGAUCGUGGAACAGAACUGAACAGUUUGGAACAAUGGUGAAGUUUCAUAACUCGGACCUAUGGAUAGCCUGGUUGCUCAUUUUCUGCAUGAAGGGUUCAAGAUUUGACACACUCACUGGAAAAGCGAGUGUACAGGCACUGGAUGUGAUGGUGUCACAGAGCAGUAUCCAGGUAGCCCGAGGCCAAGCAGCCGUCCUGCCUUGCUCCUUCACCACCAGCGCUGCUCUCAACAACCUCAACAUCAUCUGGAUGGUGAUUCCACUAUCCAAUGCCAACCAGCCAGAACAGGUGAUAAUCUACCAAGGCGGCCAGGUGUUCAGCCUCGCUAACCACCUCAAUGGCCGUGUGGGGUUUGUGUCCACCAUGCCAAGUACAAGUGCCUCCAUCUUCAUUAACAACACCCAGCUGUCUGACACAGGGACCUACCAGUGUCUGGUGAACAACCUCCCCGACAGAGGGGGGCGCAAUAUUGGUGUCAUUGGACUCACUGUGCUAGUGCCCCCCUCGGUGCCAGCAUGUCGAAUCCAGGGAGCCCUGGAUGUUGGCAGUGACAUCAUGAUGUUUUGCAGCUCAGAUGAAGGUAUUCCUACACCAUCCUACUCGUGGGAGAAGUUAGAUGCGCUGCCCAAGCUGCCACACAACGCCAUGCAAGACCAGAUGCAAGGCACUGUAACACUGAGAAACAUCAGCGCCAGUACCUCAGGACUCUAUCAGUGCACCUCCAGCAAUGCCAUAGGCAAGAGCACAUGCCUGCUGAAUCUUCAGGUUGUUCCACCUCAGCCUCAGAGUGUGGGUCUGAUAGCAGGGACUAUUGCCACUGGAGUGCUGGCACUCAUCAUCUGCUGCCUGUUGGUGGUGGUCACCCUCUACUACUGGAAGAAUAAGAACAAAUACGAGGAGGAAGAGAUCCCGAAUGAGAUCAGGGAAGACGAUCUACCGCCCAAGAGGUCCUCAUCGGUGAAAGCAUUCCAUGCCGACGCCUCAUCUUCAGAGAAUGACACCCUGACUUCCACCAACACCUACAACAGUCGCUACUGGCACAACCCCAAACCAAACUAUGACACCAAUUCGUACACGCGCUACAACGGAGACACACGGCAAACCUUCGCCACUGCGGUCCAUGGCAUACAUGGACAUAGACAGUCCCAGAACCCAGCACACGGACACAGCUCGGCUGUCACGGCACCGGGCUCCGCCCCACUAUCCCGCCACCCUCAUCCCACUGCUACAACAACUUCGUCCUUUGCCAAUGGCAGCCACACACUUCCACCACCUAAGACCCUGGUGGUCACCACAAACUCUGCCCCGUCUCCCCCCACCAUGGUGCGUAGCAAUGGCUCCGUGAGUCUAAAGCCAGUUGUGACGCCCACCCAUGGGCAGCAUACGCACUCAUACGCCGUGAGCCAGGCCACGCUGGAACGAAUGGGGGCGGUACCCGUGAUGGUGCCCGCCCAAAGCAGAGCGGGCUCGCUGGUCUGAAAACCUGUUUUGCUUAACAUUUUGGAAAUAGGAGUUGAUUAUUUUUUGGUUGUUUUUUGAGAUCCAAUGAUGAAAACCAAACUGAAUAUGGGCUGAAACAGCCUGCUGCCCUUUAUUUUACUACUGUGUCUACAUACAACUGUGUCUUUCUCUACACUGUGUGCUGAUUCUUUUUUUUUUUUUUUUUUUAAUACUCAAAACAAAGUAAGAUUUUGCAGUGCAGAGUUCAUAUAAUGCCAAUUUAUUUAUUGAAAUGAUCCAACCAUUGUAUUUGGAAGUAGACAAAUCAAAACAUCCUGUUAUUGGAGUUAUUUUAUUGUUGGAUAGUUUGAAAACAAAGGAAUUCUUUAUUUAUCCUUUCCCCCCAUUGUUUCAAUACUUCGUGGUUGGACUGGACCGAACUCAAACUACUUCAUGAAUGCAUGUGUUUUGUUUUAAAAUAAUACAUUUUUGCCACAGUUAAACGAAUUGAAUAAUUGUGACCCUGAUGAUAAUGAUGAUUUUGUGUUCAAAAGUGAAUGUUUAAUUGUGUGUUGGAAGCUAUACGUUAAGAUGAACGUAUAAGAACGAUAUAAUGGUUGCAAUGGCCUUAGAAGAGAAGAGAGGCUUUAUAGGUGCAAUAGCACGCAUAAUAGAAUAAUAAUAAUAACAUGCAAAUCUUUAAAUUUGGUUCAUGCACUUUUUUAUAGCAAUUCAGACAGCCUACUGUCUUGUUAAGAACUUUCUUACAUUGAAAUGCUUUUUCCACUUGACUUUUCACAUGAUGGACAGAGAAACAUGAUGUCAAUGUUCAAAGUACGCAUAUCCAACUUGUGGAGUGUUUUUAUUGUCUUGUGUGUGUGUUUUUUUUUUAAAAACAACAACAACAAUAAAAAAAGAAAUACUUUUUUUCAUUAUCGAUUUUAGGAGGGAAAUUGGUAUGCGUGCUUUCAUUGUACAAUAAUGCAUAAUGAAAUACUGUACUGGCAAUACAGUAUUGCAAAAUGAAUUGAUAAUUUAUUGAUUCUUAAAGUAUGACAAUGUAUGUCCAGAUCCUGCUUUUUUUCUCUCACUGUGUCCUAAUAUGGUUUGUCACCUCUGUGCUGCUUUUAAAAAAACACCUGAUAAAUGCUUUAUAAACGAACAAAUAUAUAUUUAAAGAUGUUUUUAUUCACAGAGGCAAACACCUGUUUUUUUUAUUUUAUUUUAAUGUACAUAUUGUAACCACAAAUGUAAACUAGAAUCAAAGAAAACAUUUUAAUUUGACUCAUGUGUCUUAACAUUUUGUUACACCAGAGGCACAGAAAGAAAAAUGCUGAUUUACUGAAGGGAGAUUUUUUUUUUUUAAUUUGUAGCUUUAUUUUCCUUACGUAUAUUGACAUUGUUUCGUAAGGCAGGUAAAUCCAGUCUAUUUAUGCUGUAUAUGGUAGAAAUCUAGAUUGUUUUUAUAAUUUAACCAAAUUUUCAGCAGCGGAACUCAGCUUUCUUGCGUGUUAACGUGAUGCAGUACUCUAAAAGUCUUUUUGCUAAACUUUAUGCCACAAUUAUUUGAUUAAAUUUUUUUUUUUUUUUUAUUAUUGUUGUUACUAUUAGUAAUUGCAGUUUCGUGGAUAUUUGGAUACAAUCUCAUUACGUCUUUGAAACAAUAUUGCUUUACAUUAAGCCACUGUCAUGUUCUCGUGUCAUCAUGAAAGAGUUCUUUACACUGGGUUGAAACUGAAUCAGACAUUUCUAAUUAUGUUUCUCACGUAUGUAUAUCCGUGCAGUUACAGCUGUGCAUGUGCCAUUCUUCACACAAAUGAGUAGGAAAACACUGAAAAUAUUCAGCUGGAAAUUUGUUUGGAUCACAUUUUUACAAACUAGUUUAAUACUGUGUACUUCAUACACAAUGUGAACAAUAGUAGCUAUGAAGACAAGGUGACUCAUCACACAUACCACUUCUCAUUAAUCCCACUAAUAAUUUUCAAACACAUUCAAACUCAAAUGUCCAAAAAUGAUAAAUGCACAUCCCAUAUUUGCCUGUCAGUGUUUUCAGAUGAAGUUCAUUAAGAUUUUCUCAGCAUCUCAGCCCGUCUCUAAUGGUUGUUUUCAUUGAGACGUCCUCUGAAGUUUCUGUUUUUAGUCAAGGCAUAAUGGCCACCUUUAAGAACUAAAUACAGAAAUGGUGAAUAUUCUACUGACAUCCUGUGUCCUUGACCUAGUGUCUAAAAUGAGGUGUUAGAGUAUAUACUGACCAAACCAAUUUGUAUAUAUGUAAAGAAAUCAAUUUGUUCUUACUGUUGGUUUGAAAUGUCAAAUAGGAAACAUAACACUGAAACUUGUAGAGAAUAAAAUAUUGUUCAUACAAUCUUUACCGUUUUUGUCUUUUCGAAUGUCAUCCUGUCUCGCACCUUGGUUUCUGAAACAUAUACACUGUAUACAUACACUGUCGAUUUAGUGGUCCAUGCAGCCUCUGUAACUGAAUAAUGAUGCUUAGAAAUUGCCCACAUGUGUGA